AUGGCGGCGGCGAGGCAGCCCACGACGACAGAAACGCCGCCGUCGCGUGCGCCAAUGCGGGGCAGCCCCGGAGUUGCAGUGGGGCGCGGAAGGUUGAUUCGAGACGCGGUGCUCACCGGCAGAGCUAUCUUAAUGAAGAAUCGACGGAACCUCGAUCUAGUUAUUGAUGUCGACGCCGCAUGCAGCAACACAAAUCUUGAAAAGUCUUUCGAGGCCGAGGGCAAGGUGUUUCGUAGAGAUGGAAUGCGAAUUGAUGCUGAUGGGGUGUCGAUGCGAUGCGAGGCGCCGCUGAAUCCCUCCCGUGGAAUAUUGACAACAGGUUCACGCGAAAAAAUGAUAUACGAGGAUCUACAGAUAGGAGAGCUGAUCGGGCAAGGGUCGUCUUCGAUUGUGCUAAAAGCCUCGUACAUAUGCGCACGGCGGGGCUUACUCAUGAUAGCCCUGAAGGUUAUUAACAUGUUCGAACGCUCAAAACGAGAUCAACUAAUACGCGAGAUUCAGUCGUUGUAUAAUUGCGAAUGUCCUGCAAUAAUUGGAUUCCACGGCGCCUUCUACCGCGAAGGGGCCAUUUCAAUCGCGCUUGAAUUUAUGAACGGCGGCAGCUUGGCAAAUGCUGGUGCGCUUCCAGAGGAAGCCUUGGCUCACGUUUCGUUUCAGAUACUUUAUGGUCUAGCCUAUCUUAAGCGCCAGAAACGGGUCCAUCGUGAUAUCAAACCAUCAAAUCUGCUAAUUAAUUCUGCUGGCGAAGUAAAGGUCACAGACUUUGGCGUCUCUGCUGAGUUAGGAAACUCGAUCGCGAUGUGUGGGACAUUUGUUGGCACUUUUAAGUACAUGUCUCCAGAACGAAUUUGUUCAGCACCAUAUUCAUUUGCAUCUGACAUCUGGUCUACGGGUUUGGUUCUUCUUGAGUGUAUCACAGGUGUUUACCCAUAUCCUGAAGAGCACACUUGCAUUGGUAUGGCGCAAACCAUUCUCGAGGCAGAUGUACCGGUGCCUCCAACAGGCGCUUCCAGGGAGUUCGUAGAGUUCAUUGCACACUGCCUUAACAAAGACCCCCGCAGUCGACUCCCUGCAGAGAUAUUGCUGACCGCACCUUGGCUGCAGAAGCAUGGCGCCGUAUCAAUAGCGUCGUCGGUCGCUGCCUUGCAGUGCUGGAUCUCAGCUACCUGCCGGCAGCUUAAUUAGCGACCCUGGGGUAGAGUGGCCGGGGCAUACGCGGGUAGAGCGCGAUAAGCCAGC